UCCGCCCCACGCAGCGCCGGUGCGGCCGCGUCUCGACGUGUCACUGGAGGCGCCGUAGCUGUGGCCGGGAGAAGGAGCUCUGGCUAGGGAGAGUUCACGGCGGUGGGUGGCGGCGGCGACCCCGACCUGGACCAGCCCCGGCGCGGAGGCGACUCGGGGUCCGUGGAGAGUGGCGGCGGGCGGCGGCGGGCCGGGCCGCGCGGGGCGCGAUGCUGAACAUGUGGAAGGUGCGGGAGCUGGUGGACAAAGCCACCAAUGUGGUUAUGAAUUAUUCAGAGAUCGAGUCCAAAGUUCGAGAAGCAACGAAUGAUGAUCCUUGGGGACCUUCUGGGCAGCUCAUGGGAGAGAUUGCCAAGGCUACUUUUAUGUAUGAACAGUUCCCAGAACUUAUGAACAUGCUUUGGUCCCGAAUGCUAAAAGACAACAAAAAGAAUUGGAGAAGAGUUUAUAAGUCGUUGCUGCUCCUAGCUUACCUCAUAAGAAAUGGAUCGGAGCGAGUUGUUACAAGCGCCAGAGAACACAUUUAUGAUUUGCGAUCCCUGGAAAAUUACCACUUUGUAGAUGAGCAUGGCAAGGAUCAAGGUAUAAACAUCCGACAGAAAGUGAAGGAGCUGGUUGAGUUUGCACAGGAUGAUGACAGACUUCGAGAGGAGAGGAAGAAAGCAAAGAAGAACAAAGACAAGUAUGUCGGGGUCUCCUCAGACAGCGUUGGCGGAUUCCGAUACAAUGAACGGUAUGACCCUGAGCCCAAGUCCAAAUGGGACGAAGAGUGGGAUAAGAACAAGAGUGCGUUUCCAUUCAGUGACAAGCUAGGGGAGCUGAGCGACAAGAUCGGGAGCACAAUCGACGACACCAUCAGCAAGUUCCGGAGGAAAGACCGGGAGGACUCUCCGGAAAGGUGCAGUGACAGCGAUGAGGAAAAGAAAGCAAGGAGAGGCAGGUCUCCCAAAGGUGAAUUCAAAGAUGAAGAGGAGACGGUGACGACGAAGCACAUCCACAUCACACAGGCCACAGAGACCACCACCACCCGGCACAAGCGCACAGCAAACCCUUCCAAAACCAUCGAUCUCGGAGCAGCAGCACAUUACACAGGGGACAAAGCCAGCCCGGAUCAGAACGCUUCAACCCACACGCCUCAGUCAUCAGCGAAGCCAUCCAUGCCGAGCAGCAAGUCGUCAGGGGACCUCGUUGACCUGUUUGAUGGCAGUGGCCAGACAACAGGAGGAGCAGCUGACUUAUUCGGGGGAUUUGCUGACUUCAGCUCUGCUGCUGCAUCGGGCAGUUUCCCUUCCCAAGCAACAAGUGGGAACGGAGACUUUGGUGACUGGAGUGCCUUCAACCAAGCCCCAUCAGGCCCUGUUGCUUCUGGUGGUGAGCUCUUCGGCAGUGCCCCACAGCCUGCUGUAGAACUCAUCAGUGGUUCACAGCCAGCUUUAGGCCCACCUCCUGCUGCCUCAAACUCUUCAGAUCUCUUUGAUCUUAUGGGCUCAUCCCAGGCAACCAUGACGUCUUCCCAGAGUAUGAAUUUCUCUCUAAUGAGCACUAACACUGUGGGACUUGGUUUGCCCAUGUCAAGAUCACAGCCUCUGCAGAAUGUUAGUGCAGUGCUGCAGAAGCCUAACCCUCUCUAUAAUCAGAAUGCAGAUAUGGUCCAGAAGUCGGCCAGCAAAACCCUGCCCUCUACUUGGUCUGACCCCAGUGUCAACAUCAGCCUAGACAACUUACUACCUGGUAUGCAGCCUUCUAAGCCCCAGCAGCCAUCGCUUAACACAAUGAUUCAACAACAGAAUAUGCAACAGCCUCUGAAUGUGAUGACUCAAAGCUUCGGAGCCGUGAACCUCAGUUCUCCAUCAAACAUGCUUCCUGUCCGGCCACAAACUAACCCUCUGAUGGGGGGACCCAUGCCUAUGAACAUGCCCGGUGUAAUGACGGGCACCAUGGGAAUGGCCCCUCUGGGGAACACCGCAGGGAUGAGCCAGGGCAUGGUGGGCAUGAACAUGAACAUGGGGAUGUCGGCCUCGGGGAUGGGCUUGACAGGCACCAUGGGAAUGGGGAUGCCCAGCAUGGCCAUGCCGUCUGGAACUGUGCAGCCCAAGCAAGAUGCCUUUGCAAACUUUGCCAACUUUAGUAAAUAAAAGGUUGUAACGGAGCGAGUGGAAGAAGACUCUGUAGCUGCAAUAGGUGAUGUUGGGAUGGAAGAUGCUAAGCAGUUCCCUUUUCUUUUAUCAGUUAAUUAAAUAACCACAUAAAGAACCAAAAAGGCUGGUGUUUCAGAAGCGAUGCAAGAGCACUUCAGACGAGGCAGUCAGGAUCGGUUUCCCCAGUGAAGAUACAUACGCUCCUAAUGGGGCGAGGGGGCACGAGAGCCUCUCUGUCAGAGAGCCUGUGUCCCAGCGUAGUCUGUGGGAGGACUGGCAUGGAUGGGGCUGAGUAAGUGUGCUUCACUCUCUAACUUUAUACUUUCUCUCCCUGAGGAACUUGAUUUUCUGUCCCUCAGUCGCCUUGUCAUGAUUGGGUCUGUUCCUUUACUACCACUCUCAAGUCCAUGUAUGAAAUCAUUAAAGUUGGGUGAUCAGUUUUUUAUAAAAAUAUAUAUUUUUGUCCAAAAAAAAAAGGCAUACCUAUGUGAUUAUGGCUGAAUCAGAGGUAACUGGAUGUGUGUACUUUGCCAGGCUCCAGCAGUGCUGCUACCCACCAUCUGAGUCUGCAUGGAAUCCACCCUCUUCCCGCAGGCAGCGGGCAGUGGCUGUGAGGCUUCGCCCGUGUCUCCUCCCAUUGCCCAUGCAGCCCUGGGAAAGCCUUCCUCAGGGCCGCUCUGCGGUUUCCCUAACAGAGGAGAAGGAAGACCGUGUGUUGUUUGUUUGUAGCAGUUGUUCAUUGCCCUUUGCAGCGACUGACUUGGCAAAGCUGCUUCCUGUGUGUAUCCUUGGAGCCAUCAUUCAAGUCAGAAACAGUCAAAAGAGAAAAAUAUUUAUUUUUAUCUUUUUUGGUGUCUUUUCAAAAAAUUGAAAGGUAAAAAUACAUUAAAACCUUAAGUUAAUGUACAUGUUAGGACUCAGCAACGUUCACAUUUAGAUUUUAUACGUAUUUGUUUUGUUUUGCGUUUUGAGUGUAAUACCGCAUUAGCAAUAUGGUUCCAAUAGAAGUUCGAUAUAUAUAUAUUAUUAAAGGAGACCUGUAGCAGUCAGAGAUUUUAUUGAUUUAAUGACAAAUAAAGGAAAUUAAUUAAAUGUUUUUUUUUCCUGCUGUGAUUCUGCAUUAAGCUCACAUGAAAAUCAUGAUUCUAGAGUUUGGAAUGCAAAAUUAAAUGUUUCAACCUCAAGCUGGGAAUAUUUUUUAAAAUAAAUACUAUAAGUAUCAAAUUAUUAUCUCCCCCACUUUAUGUUGAAAUUUUUUUUAUUGAAUUGGUACAAGUUUGUUUCCAUUGUAUUCAUGAUGUUCUGUUCUAUAUAACAUUAAAACAUUCAUUAAAACCAA